GGAGCUAAGGCUUAUACAAAUCAUUAAGUAAAAGUCCAUAAAAAGGCCAAUUAGUCUGGCCAAAGUUUUUGGCAGCAAUUGACAAUAUGAGGUUGUCAUAUAUAUAGAAAACUGAAUGAAGCUCAGAGCUGAGAAGAUUCAGUCAGAAUUCGAACGUUGUGCGUGGAGCAAUUAAAUUUCGGACUGCGGAUAGGGGUUCAACGACAUGCUGGCCUGCAUCAUUUUAAUCGGCUGGCUGCUGCUGGUUUGGAUAUACUUCCUGUGGAGCCGACGAAGGUACUACAAAGCCGCCUGGCAGUUACGUGGACCAAUUGGUUGGCCCCUGAUCGGCAUGGGGUUGCAAAUGAUGAAUCCGGAGAGUAAGAGUGAAGGAUAUUCCUAAAUGCCCUCGAUAACUCAACUUUUUGCCAGCUUUUUGCAGUACACGGACGGCCUAUCACGACAGUUUAAAGCCCCCUUUAUAUCCUGGAUGGGCACAAAGUGCUUCCUCUUUGUCAACGAUCCAUACAGCGUAGAGCAGAUAUUCAACUCGACACAUUGCACGAACAAAGGCGAUUUCUACCGAUUUUUGAGUUCGGCUAUAGGUGACGGACUAUUUACAUCCAGUUCUCCGCGUUGGCACAAACAUCGUCGACUCAUUAAUCCCGCCUUUAGUCGGCAGGUCCUCAGCAACUUCCUGCCCAUCUUCAAUGCCGAGGCUGAGGUCCUUAUACAAAAGCUGGAUCUUGAAGGAGUGCAGCAUGGCAAGCGGCUUGAGAUCUAUCAAAUCCUCAAGAAAAUCGUCCUGGAAGCAGCUUGCCAGACAACGAUGGGCAAGAAAAUGAAUUUCCAGCACGAUGGAUCCAUGGCUAUAUUUGAGGCUUAUAAUGGGUUAACUGAAGUCUGUGUAAAACGAAUGCUAUCACCCUGGCUUUAUCCGGAGCUUAUAUACCGGCGCUCUCGGCUUUUUGGUCUGCAGCAAAAGGUUGUCGGCAUACUCUUUGGGUUUAUAGAGCAGCUACUCGAACCGAUUGUUUCGGUGGUGGCAGCCAAUGCUAAUCCGCAGCAACGGCCACCGGAAACGGAAUUGGAAAUGAGGAGCAAGUCCAAGGCCAUUUUUAUCGAACAGGUGCGGGAACAUGUGGAACGUGGCCAGUUGAGUUGGCAGGAUGUGAGGGAUGAGGCCAAUGUGACCAUUGCAGCAACUUUUGAAACCACGUCGACCGCUUUGUACUUCACUAUUCUCUGCCUGGCCAUGCAUCCUUGCUACCAGGAGAAGCUGCACGAGGAGCUUGUCAGGGAACUGCCACCCACUGGGGACAUAUCACUGGAGCAGCUGCAGCGACUGGAAUACACUGAAAUGGUGAUCAACGAGGCCAUGCGGCUGUUUGCUCCUGUUCCAAUGGUCAUUCGAUCGGCGGAUCAGGACAUCCAACUGCUGCGGGAUGACGGUGAGUUCCUGAUCCCUCGUGGCACCCAGAUCGGCAUAGACAUCUACAACAUGCAGCGGGACGAGAGGGUUUGGGGUCCACUUUCGCGUACCUACAAUCCGGAGGCACAUUUCGGAGUGGAUUCACCACCAAGACACGCCUUCGCCUUCGUUCCUUUCACCAAGGGACUGCGCAUGUGCAUCGGUUACCGAUAUGCCCAGAUCCUGAUGAAACUGCUGCUCUCCCGGAUAUUUCGCAGCUACCGAAUCAGCACUGAGGCCCGGCUGGAGGAGCUCCUGGUCAAGGGCACCAUCUCCCUGAAGCUACGGGACUAUCCGCUUUGUCGAGUGGAGCGAAGAUAACAGGAAGGAUUACGGUUACGCCCCUCAAGUUGUUGCUGUAAUUUUUCAAUUAAAAAUGCCAUUUUAUUGCAUUUUCUCUGCCUGGGAAAUUGAGUUUGUCUCAUCUUUGCUGUUGACCUCGUUAACGACGA